AUGGCAGCCAUUUCCUUCUCUCACCACCACCAAUCCUCCGAUAACCGCCGUGGUGGAUCCCACCACAACCGUCACGGCCCGGUGGUGGAAGAAAUCGAAGGACUCAUCAAAGUUUUCAACGACGGUUGCGUCGAGAGACCUCCCAUAGUCCCCACCGUCUCACCCACCCUUCACCCAUCUGCUAAAGUCACAGCUUUUGACAUCAAACUAUCCAACGACACUUGGACACGUGUCUACAUUCCGGACGCUUCAGCCUCACCGUCCGUUACUCUCCCUCUCCUCGUUUACUUUCACGGCGGCGGAUUCUGCGUUGGCUCCGCCGCUUGGAGUUGCUACCACGACUUCUUGUCCGACCUCGCCGUUAAAGCACGUUGCGUCGUCGUCUCGGUAAAUUACCGUUUAGCCCCUGAACACCGUCUCCCGGCGGCGUACGACGACGGCGUUAACGUCGUCUCUUGGUUAGUCAAGCAAAAAACUAAUGGAGGAUGUUCUUGGCUUAGUAAAUGUAAUCUCUCAAACGUUUUCUUGGCCGGAGAUAGCUCCGGAGCCAACAUAGCUUACCAAGUCGCGGUUAGAAUCACGACCAGCUCAAGUGGCAAAACCGUAAAUACCCUAAACCUCAGGGGCGUUAUUCUAAUCCAACCUUUCUUCGGCGGUGAGUCAAGAACGUCCUCGGAGAAAAAACAACACUCCAAGUCAUCGGCUUUGACUCUGUCUGCUUCCGACACGUAUUGGCGUCUGACUCUGCCACGUGGAGCGAGUAGGGACCAUCCUUGGUGUAACCCGCUGGUCAACUCGGCGGGUUAUCUUCGGGAAGCGAAGUUACCGACGACGAUGGUGUUUGUGGCGGAGUUUGAUAUAUUGAAAGAUAGAAACUUGGAGAUGUGUAGAGUGAUGAGAAGUUAUGGGAAGAGAGUUGAAAGUAUUGUUCAUGGAGGAGUUGGUCACGCUUUUCAUAUUCUUGACAACUCUUCUGUGUCACGUGAUCGAAUCAACGACAUGAUGUGUCGUCUUCAAAACUUCAUAAACCCAUAA